AUGGCCCAGACACAGGAAGCGGCCGGUACGCCGGGCUCCAGGGCGCGAAAGGACGCAAUCUUGUCACGGCGGUACAUUGAGGGUCAAAUCGCUGAUGGCAAACAUAUCAUCAUUUUCGAUGAUCGAGUGCUCAAGGUCGAUGCAUGGAUCAAGUUUCACCCCGGAGGAGACAAGUCUAUUAAACACAUGGUCGGACGGGAUGCGACGGACGAAAUCAAUGCGUUACAUUCACCAGAGGCACGCCAGCGAAUGCUGUCUUUCCAGAUCGGUCGCAUCCAGGGACCGUGGUUGAACUUUCUCCCUCCGAUCCAGGGCGGGAAGUUCCGGCCAUAUCCAGGCGAGACAUGCUCAAGCGACGAGGACAGCACGGAUCAGGAUAUCUCACAGCCCCCUUCUCCAGUGUUUGAUGCAGCAGACGCAGGAGACAAAGCACCAGGAGUCCGCCGCCGGAGGAAAUCGACAACGACUUCGGAUACAUCAGUCUCAACCACUCCCACUGAAGGGUUCGAGCCGAAACCCUUCUUCCUUGAUGCCCGAACUCAAGAAGAGAUCGUCUUUGAUGUCGCCAAGUACCCGUCCCUCGACACGGCGAACCAGGAAGAAAUCAAGCGGAAAUACCGCGAACUGAAUGAGCGGAUCCGCGCGGAAGGUCUUUACAAUUGCAACUAUUUCUCGUACUUUAUUGAAUGCUGUCGCUACACUCUUCUCGCUGCCCUGUCAUAUACCUUUCUUCGCUUAGGGUGGUAUGUGAUAUCGGCCUUCUUUCUAGGGUGCUUCUGGCACCAGCUCGUUUUCACAGCCCAUGAUGCUGGCCAUAUGGGCAUCACUCAUCAUUUUCACGUUGACUCGGUCAUUGGCAUCAUCAUUGCGGAUUAUUUAGGCGGCCUGAGCCUGGGCUGGUGGAAACGAAAUCACAAUGUCCACCAUAUCGUCACCAAUGCUCCAGAGCAUGACCCCGACAUUGAGCACAUGCCUUUCUUUGCCAUAUCACAUCGCUUCUUGACGAGUCUCCGAAGCACGUACUAUGACCGUAUCAUGCAUUUUGACGCCAUGGCGAAUUUCAUGUUGCGAUAUCAGAAUUACCUCUACUAUCCCAUCCUCUUGUUUGGUCGGUUCAAUCUCUACCGACUAAGCUGGGAAUACCUGUUCUGCGGCCAAGCCCCAAAGAAGGGUCCUGCCUGGUGGCAUCGCUGGUUCGAGAUCGGAGGACAGGUAUUCUUCUGGUAUUGGUUCGGCUACGGUGUGCUAUACCGCUCUAUCCCAGACUGGAGCAGCCGGAUAGCCUACAUCCUGGUUUCUCACAUGGUCACUGCUCCUCUGCAUGUGCAGAUCACGCUGUCCCAUUUCGCCAUGUCGACUGCCGAUUUGGGUGUGCAUGAAUCAUUUCCUCAAAAGAUGCUGCGCACCACCAUGGAUGUCGACUGCCCUACAUGGCUCGACUUCUUCCAUGGUGGACUGCAGUUCCAGGCUAUUCACCACCUCUACCCUCGCAUUCCCCGUCACAACCUGCGUCGUACCCAGAAACUCGUGAUCGACUUCUGUCGCGAUACUGGCAUACCCUACGCCGUUUUCACCUUUUAUGACGGCAACAAGGAAGUGAUUAGCAGACUUGGGGAUGUCGCGAAGCAAGUCCGUAUCCUUGAAGAAUGCAGGAAGUCGUGCGCCGAACAGGGUGUUUUCUCAGAUCAUCAUCACUGA